UCAACGCAUCCAGUGGAAAUGACAAACCAGAGGAGCUCCACGGGCCAGCAUGCCAAAUAACAGCAAUAAUCAUGGGCUUUAGUGUUAGCAACUCAUCCGAAACUCACCCCCCCAGACACUAACGAGACAUCUUUGCGCCGUUUUGUGGGUCUGCGGGCGCCUCAAAGUUAGAGCGGGCUCUCAAAUGGACGUCAAUGGACUGGAAUGAAACCUCCACUUCUGGACUGAAGGAAGGAGGGAAAGAAAACUCUGCAUGUUCAAGUUUCCUGCUGCAACCAGAGGGGCAUCGGUGCGUGCGUGUUGGAUGUGUGUGUUGGUUGCGUGUGUGUGCGCGCCCGCAGGACCAGCAGCAGCAGCGGCAGCGGCGGCGGCGGCGGUGGUGGUGGUGGCGGCCGCGGGAAGGGAAGUUUAGCGCCGUGAUUUGUCUUCUUUACCUCUAUUCUGUUGCUGUGUUGUUUUUCAUGCCACACCAGCGGACCGGCGGAUUAACGUUUCCCUGAUGAAAAUUAAUCAUGUGUGGAGCGGCUCUGUGAUCGUGACUUUGAUGAUGUCGAGUAAGAGCGUGGAGUGGCUGCAGGAGGAGCUGGAGUCCGGGGCCGGCUCUCUGCUGCUGCUGGACUGCAGAGCCCAUGAGCUGUACGAGUCCUCGCACGUCGAGUCGGCCAUCAACUUGGCCAUCCCGGGCCUCAUGCUCCGGAGGUUGAAGAAGGGCAACCUCCCGAUCCGCUCCAUCAUCCCCAACAACGAGGACAAGGAGAAAUUUGUCAAGCGGUGCAAGACGGACGUGGUGGUUCUUUACGACGAGGCGACCUCGGAGCGGCAGGAGUCCGGGAUGGGGAGCUCCGUGCUGGGGCUGCUGCUGCAGAAACUGCGGGACGACGGGUGCAAGGCUUUCUACCUGGAGGGGGGCUUCAACAAGUUCCAGUCGGAGUACCCCGAGCACUGCGAGACAAAUUUGGACUGCUCGUGUCCCAGCAGCUCCCCACCAGCCUCCGUCCUCGGUCUGGGAGGACUCCGCAUCAGCUCUGACUGCUCAGACGGGGAAUCUGACCGCGAGCCAGGCAGCGCCACAGAGUCAGAGGGCAGCCCGCUGCCCAACAACCAGCCAGCGUUUCCGGUCCAGAUCCUGCCGUACCUUUACCUGGGCUGUGCCAAAGACUCCGCCAACCUGGAUGUGCUCAGCAAGUACAACAUCAAGUACAUCCUCAACGUUACACCCAACCUGCCCAACAUGUUUGAACAUGAAGGGGACUUCAAGUACAAACAGAUCCCCAUCUCUGAUCACUGGAGCCAGAACCUCUCUCAGUUUUUCCCCGAGGCCAUUUCAUUCAUUGACGAGGCACGCUCAAAGAAGUGCGGCAUCCUGGUGCAUUGUCUGGCCGGGAUCAGCCGCUCGGUGACUGUCACAGUGGCCUACCUGAUGCAGAAGCUCAACCUGUCGCUCAACGAUGCGUACGAUUUCGUCAAGCGGAAAAAGUCGAACAUUUCCCCAAACUUCAACUUCAUGGGCCAGCUCCUGGACUUUGAGCGGACGCUGGGCCUCAACAGCCCCUGCGAUAACCACUCUUCCCCGACGCACGACCAGCUCUUCUUCACCACCCCCACCAAUCACAAUGUGUUUCAACUGGACACGCUGGAGUCCACAUGAAAAUAAGAGGGGGGACUGUCCCUUUUUUCGAGGGUAUAAAGGUGGUGUUGUUACCAAGGUAACAAGCGGCUGCACUGGAGGGGAGCAGCCAGUUUUAAUGAAUGUUUUAGCCUCGUGAGGCUCGUUGUCUGAGCCUGGGCAAGAAGCAGCGUCGGAGGGGCAGGGGAGGUCACAGAUGCCACAUUUUAACUACAUAGUAGUUAAAAAAAAAAAGGGAACAGGAUGUUUUUUUAACCCAGAGGGAGAACUGAGAGAUGGGUUUACGAUGGCGUCCUCCUUGAGUUGAUUGAAAUCAAGGCAGGUAAGAGCCCAGAUCAACUUGUCUUCUCACAUAGAACAGAGGAGAUUUAACUGACUGAGAAACUGAGCGAAAGGCGCAGCAGGACAGACAGCUUCAUACAAAGAUAGGAAAUAUCUACAGCGCUCGACUUAUGAGACAACAACAUCCUUUCUGUCUUUCUGUCUCGGCUCUUGAGGCCGAGCUGAGUGGUGCCAAGUGGAAAAUCUUGGAUUUCCUUGUAGGAAAUCUCGCUCUACUGAAUGAAGAGUUUUACAAACCAAGGAAUUAACACACACAUGCGCGCACACACAAACAAAGUAUGUAUGUUUGUACUGUAUGUACUGUAUGUAUGUUAACGUACAUAGCAGAAAAUGUAUGGGCAAUCCUUAACAAAUUCAGUAUGUCUAUAUGCAUUAUUGUAUGUUUGUGUGUACAUUUACGCACAAAUCUAUACCUUAUAUAAAUAUAUACGCAUAGAAAUCUUAUCUAUCCAAUCCAACAAUGGCUUAAGAGAUUGUAAAAUUAAAGAAGGGGAAUGGGUGUGGCGACUCCAACAAAGAGGAACGUUAUUCCUAGUUGUCUUUUUUUAAAGUUUCGCUUUUCUUUUGGGUUUGUAAUGACCUAAUGCAGUUUGCACAGUGGUGUAGCCAUUGACUUGUUGGCACAUGGAGCCGGUGCUGGAAGCAGGCAGAUAAAGAGACAUUCAGAGAAGAGGAGCGGAGAGGAGAGGCCAGUCCCAGGCUGCGACGAGUCCCGACAGCUGCACAGUGGGGUGGGGGGGGGAGCAGGAACUGGCCCCCGAACAGAGGACGGAGUUCAGGGGUUAGAUGGUCAUGUUAGGGGAAAAGACAAGCAGUGGGUAGAACUAGGGCAUUGGGGUUGGGUAUGGGUGAAGAUACUACUGUAGAAUUCACAUUUGGCCAACUGUUUUCAAGUGCAAGUUCCCAGUUUCUACUUCCUUCCCCAUAUGACCAUUCAUCCAGUUGCCUUAUGAGAAGUACCAGUUUUUUCCACCAGCUGUUUUGAUUAGUUUAGUUGUUUCAUUUCAGUUAGAAACUUUACUACUGAACUUCUUUCGUUAUUUCAUCACAGCAUAUUGUCUGACCAUGUUUUGCCAAACUGGUUUCUCACAGCUCUGACGGAUGCUUAGGCAGUGUUAACAUUUCUGAGCAACUUUUUGGGCAGCUUAUUUUAGCAACCUUGGGCAAGGAAGUGCCUCAACACUUGUAUUACCUUACUACUUUUUCUAGUUGUUCAAUUAGUUGUCCAAUAUUAGGUCCCUUUUUAGGUAAAAAUGUGUUGGGAUUAAGGUGGACUGGGACUGGCCUCAGCUACAGACUGCACUUAGCUACUUCAAUAGCUUCACGUCCCUUAACUGCAUUGGAGAAAACAGAAGGAAGGCCUCUCUCCAAAGGGAUCACCCAUUUUGUCAAAGAAAAG